UUAUCUAAAUAUCUCGUUUUAUAGAGAAUGCAUUUACAUAAAUACAAUGAAUACGUUUCAUUAUGUAUUGCGUAUAUAUCAAUAUAUCUCAUUCAUAUGGUAUUUUGAUCCAAAGCGGGAAUUGGAAUGACAUCUUUGCGAUUUUACAAAGCAUCUACAUAACGAGAAUACUCGCAAUGUCCACUUGAUAGCUCAAAAAAAUCGAUAAGGGAAAUGCGCGAACCAGCGAAGGCGCACGCGUCAAGCGUUACUGAUGCGUGUCAGCUGUCCUGGUCGUAAGUAAAACGGCUGUGUCAGGUGUUCUGGAGCUCUACGUACGUAGUCUUCCAAUGUAGAGCUGCGAUUGAAUGGUUUAAAUGGCUUGCGACAAUCGUAUGAAAGUGUACCUCGGAUACGAGGAUGAGUAUGUCACGGACAAGCAUCGGCCCUUACUCAACUUUACGACGAAUAAGAUCGGCGGGCAUCCGAAUUGUUAUGGGAAAAAUACAUUAUUGUCACCACAAUGCAGACUCUGUGGCUUGUAUCAGCUCUUAGCACUCCAGUUGUAUGCACCAUUAGAUAAUUCAAAAUAUCACCGGACAUUAUACAUAUUUGCAUGUAUUAAUCCAAACUGCUGGAAUCAAAAUAAAAGUUGGACAUGCCUGAGAAUACAGCACUUAGAAGAUGAAACAAGUACAAGUAUUCCAGACUCUGGGAGUGUUAAUGUACCAUCCACAACAGCUUGGUUAUCUGAUGCAGAUGAUUGGGGGGAUAAUGUAAAUGACAAUGCGUCAGAACCAAAUGGGAAUAACAUGUUGGAAAAUGAUCCGCUACAAUUUCAUUUUUCUUUGCAUAAAGAAAUAGAUCAAGAUAUACGAGAAGAAUUGUCUAUGUUGCGUGUAGAUGAUCCAAACGCAAAUAGUCCAACUAGUGUGGACUCUCCAGUUAGUGGAGGCGCCGUAGGUCGUUUAGAUUCUCCUCAAGCCUCAGCAGAGAUCGAUGGAGAUGAAAACGAAGUUGUAUGUAUUGAUACUCCGACGCGACCGCAAUGUGAUUUAGUUAGUUUAUUACACGAAGUAACUCCAUUGCCACUGCAAAUAAUGAAUGAAGAAAUUAAAUACACAUUCGACGAAAUAUUUCUUUCGGUUGAUGAAGAAGAUUGCAGUACAGAUGUGCCCCAACACGUUCGAGAUUUAUUAGUUGAAUAUCAGCAUGGCAAUCCGGAUCCAUCGAUGAAAUUUACGCCAGAUUCCGGCAAUGCUAAGACAAUUGAAACGGAUGUGGAAAAGUACGAGAAAGGUAUUCCUAAGCACGGUGAUGAAAUGUUCCACAAUUUUGUUUGCAGAAUACAAAGAAAUCCUGGGCAGCUGUUACGUUAUUCAAGAGACAACUCUGCACCGUUAUUAUUAUAUCCGCUGAGUGGUUGCAUUGAUAAAUGUCGAAAUUGUGGUGAUGAAAUGAUUUUUGAGUUACAAGUUUUAUCGACGAUCAUACCAAAGUUGUUAUUAAAUCCACGCAGUGAACGGAAUUUCCAGAUUGAAUUCGGUACUGUUUUAAUAUACACCUGCAUUAGAAGUUGUUGGUCCGCGACUGAUUUAUAUCGGGAAGAGCAGGUUAUUGUUCAAGCGGAAAGACUAUAGUAAAACUAGUUGUAAAAUAUUAAAUAAGGAAAUUACUAAUGCGAAGUCUCUCUCCCCUAAGGUUCUUCCAAUGAUCCUACAUAGAAUUUCAUAUUUAUGCAUUUAAGACUAGUCAUGUUACGUCUGUAGAAAAAAAUACCGUCCACCUCUUCAUGUAUUUGUCAGAAAUUCUAAGUAGUGAAUGAUGGUUGACAUAGUGGAAACAUUACGAGUAUAUUUCAAACUAUAUUAAGCAAUAUGUGAUUCAUGAUUAAAAAAUUUUUAGGAAUGCCCAAUAGAAAAGUCUGAUUAAAAGUAUUUAAUUUACUUUUUGCGCAACACACACUACACUUACAUAUACACAUAUACACAAAAUUGAUCUUAAUAUGUAAGAUAUAACUGUAAAAUUGAUAAAUACAGAAUAUUGGUGGAAUAUGA